CUCGAGACGGCACUCGGGACGCGCACUGAUCCUACUGGGGAAGGAGUCCAGCGCCUCUGGCAGCGGUUCAUCGACGGUGCCCUGUGGCCGAAAGGACCUCUGCAUCCGACUCACUACCUGGUGGUCAAGGCCAGAGCCGAGCUUCUAAACAUGGCCAACCCCACGAGUCCACCCAAGCAGCCGGCUGAAACCCUCAGGCAGGCAGGGUACCUGGUCGAGCACUGCAAAAAACUUGUGGACGUUGUAGUUUCUCUCUACCCACCUCUCCAUAGCUACACAUGUUCUGUCAAAAUAUUCCUCUUCUUGUUCACCUUGCGGAAAUUGGACCUGCAGCGACAUGGACUCCCUGGCAAUCAGAGGAUCGUAAGUUCUGCGAUUGAAAAGCUAAAGGAAGAAUUGUCUGCUCUUCUUGCUGAAAUUCGCUGCAGUGCAUUCGAGCCACUUGAGCUGACGACUUUGGAAAACCUGAAAUUGUACGUGUGAAUAAUUUUUCUCUUUGUUCUUGUAAAUUAAUAGAUCUGCUUCUAAAUUUAUUUUGAUGAAAAAAAGCAGAUGAUUUGUAUGUAAGAAUUUUGUGAUGUUGUAUGCGCUAUAUAAAAGUUGUUGCUUUUGAAAUGGGAAUGGGGUUUCUUCUCUAAAACACGCCUGUUAAGCGGUUAGAAUUAUCAUGGAAGAAUACACCCAACCCCUAUUUGUUCUUUAAAAAUUCUUAUUGAGACGCGGUUUAUUUGUACAUUAAAACACUCUCUCAAUAAAAAGUUAUGCCGUAAUUUUCAA